ACUUGGUCGCUAACCUACUGAGCUGAGAACUUCAGAAAUGGGAAUGGUGCAGCUAUCGAAAGAAAAUCAAAUGUAAAAGAACAUCUUCCAUUCCAGGAGUGUUACAGACACAAGUGUCAUACACGAUCAGUUGUUUACUACGGCCGUGAAAUGCCAUACAAUGGGAAACCGACAAUCAGGCAAGGAAGGGCAAAAGAUAGCUUAUAUGCCUAAAAGUGUUAGUGAGCAAGGAUUCCAACGAACAUGGUCAAAAGCAACAAGACAUUGUCGGAAGGCAUCAGUACUACGGGAUCCUUACCAAGCAUCACAGACUUCCUGGCCAAUUCCCCAGAGUGAGGUUAUGUUCCUGCCAGAGUACAAAGUAAAGCAUAAUAGAUUGGAAUCUGAAUACAAGAUCCAGUGUCAUAUAAACAAGGGUGCUUAUGGAGAGGUUCUCAAAGUGUUCAGGUCCAAUGAACCAAGUCGUGUUUUUGCAAUUAAGGUGCUUUCCAAAGUGCAGGUGAUAAGAAAUGGUGCUAUUAGGCAGUGCAAAGAAGAGGCCAGUAUACAGUCAGCAAUUGGCCAUUAUCCAUUUAUCGUUAGGGUCCAUGCAGCCUGGCAGAGUAAAACAAGUCUUUAUUUAGUAAUGGAUUAUGCCACUCAUGGUGAUCUUCACAGUCUUUGGUUGCUAGAGGGCGCUUUUAGUGAGAUAGCAACACGGUUGUACAUUGCUGAGAUUGCAAUGGCUUUGGCAUUUUUACAUAAGGCAGGAAUUAUAUAUAGAGAUUUAAAGAUGGAGAAUAUUUUACUAGAUGAUGGAGGCCACAUCCUUCUAUCUGAUUUUGGGCUUUCAAAGUGGCUGAAGCAAGGUUUGAGGACAUCCAGUGUCUGCGGAACGCUAAUGUAUAUGGCUCCAGAAGUAUUAAAUAUGGUAGACUACGACCAUCGGGUAGAUUGGUGGUCGCUAGGCAUCAUUAUGUUCUGCUUGAUGACUGGUAAAUAUCCAUUGAGUGGAUCGACCAAUCACAUCGAAAUGUAUAAUAAGGUUAUGGCCAAAGAAUUCAAAUUGCCUCCAUUUGUCAGCUAUCCUGCACAAGAUAUCAUUCUUCAGUUACUGUGCAAAGAUCCUUGUGCAAGGUUAAGUUCUUUAUCAACUCUGAAGAGGAUGGAAUUUUUUGUUGGUCUGUCGUUUGAGAAAGUACUUUCUAAACAGAUGCCACCAGCAACGUACUUGAAGAGGAAGUUACCCAAGACGUGUCAGGAAUUAACUUUGAAUGGUGUCAGUACAGACGUGUGGAAACCACGGCCUAUAUCAAGAGAGUUGUCUUUUGACAAUUUUGAUUGGAUCCGAGAAACGGACUUAUAAGUACUAGUGCAAUUUAAACUGUUUGUUGUGACAAAGAAACCUGUUCAUAUGGCCUUCCAAAUCUAUGGAUAGUUAAUAUAUAUUCUGGAUGCUUUUGGCAUUCCAUUCUUACAAAAUAACAGAUCAAUUCUGGACUGAGGCAGUAGCAGUUAAAAUCAGCCAGACAGUGUGAUGGAAUACCUUAGCUGUUGCUCUAAACAGACCAUCAACAAGGACAUCGGGGAAAAUUUCAGUACCGUAUACCAUAAGACCAGGCUGUUUGGCUUUGAACAGGACAUGGACAUAAAUAGACCUGCAAUAUGCCAAAGGACGUGUCUAUAGAGUUGGUGUUUGAACAUAGUAGAGGAUCACACAACAUCAGAAGGUGUGGGUGUGUGCCUGUGUGUGUUUAUAAAUAUGGUAAUUUAUAUUGAAAAUGCUUUCUGAAGCAUUACCCGUGAUGAAGACUAUACAAAGAACAGUUUACUGAAAUUUAUAUCAGGUUAUGAUUUCAAAAACAAAUAGUUUUCACCAAUGUGCAAUCUUUUUACUUUAUUUCAUUCAAAAAAAUAACAUUCCUUUUUUUAAUUUAAAUUCCAAGUAGGCCUAGUAUCAGGUAAAAAAGAAACAAUUUGCAGUGAAAUAUCUUUUUUGAUACAUAAUUGUAAUGUGAGUAAUAGUAUGCAGAAUAGUAUUGAGUCAAACAUUUAGUUACCCAUGGAGCUGUAGUGUAUUAUACACCUGCCAACUUUCACACAUAAUGCGCGGUUUUACGCAUGAGCAUCCAAUUUUUACGUCUCAUACCUACAUUGUGUUAUCUCAUGUAUCAUCAAACUGCUUAUAAAAGAUGAAAUGUAUAGACCGAUUAUACAUUAAAAUUCAUUAAAAUAUGAAUAUAGGCCAUGUAAAUUUAUUUUAACAAAGCUACUGGCCAUUUCUUUUCAAAAAUAAAUCACUAUUUGUCUAUUAAAUUAUUCAUUAACAACCUGUUACUGACACUUCAAAAGACAAAGCAUACAUAAUAGAAAACAUUUUUGACCAGUCCAUCUCCUAUCUCCCACAUUUUGAGUUCUGGAGGUUGGAACAUCUGUAGUUGUAGGGUUAAUUAGGUUUUCAGGGCAAGUAUGUGCAAUUAUGGAACAUAUGACAUGAGGGCAGCAAAAAUAUGAAGUUUAAAUUGUCUGAGACUUUAGUAAUACCAGUUGCAUAUCAUUUCCAGAGUCUAGCAAAUUGGUGGAAGAUGAUGGAUGUUUUUUAUGAUAGAGGUGAUUGAUUAGGAUUAACAAAUUAAUUACAAAUAGAGAUUAAUUUGAAAACAUCCAAAUAAUUAUUCAAAUAGAAUGUUUUAUUCAUGACUAACUUCUUUUAGAAGUCGCAGUCACAAAUUAAUACUUGCUAUCAUACACAGUUUGAAAAACUUGAUAAUGAACAGUAUAUUAAUGCAGUUUUAUUACAUACUUGGUUAUUUGUCAUUAAUGUUUGUGCAUUGUCGAUAUCAUUACUGUUAUAUUAUUAAUACCAUUAAUCGUUAUUGUUAUUUUGUGCAACAUGACAGUAUGCAAAAAAAGUGAUACAAGCCAUCAUAAUUCUGUAUUUCAAACAUCUUGUUCUUGUUAUGCUAUGUAAUAGCAACUUCCCAUUGUGCAGUGUUGUUUGAAGCUGACCGACACAUAUUACGUCAGAGUUUCGCACCCGUUUAUGUUGGAUUUUCUCGUAAAUUAGACAUGGUUUUGACCCCCAGGUUGGAUUCAUUAUAGCAAAUUUUUUGUUGGUGAUGUAAACAACUAAGGCAACAUGGUGCACUGGGCAAGAAAUUGCUCAAUUUCUGUGUUUGGCAAUUUAUUUGUAUGAAUGACAACAUAAUCACCGAAAACACAGCCUAUUUUUUUGACUACACAAUACACUUCCAAUGGUACCCACAUUUUCAGCCGAUUUUCCAUCCAUAAUUGGACAGACUGAUUAGGGCGUACAUGAACUUAUAGUAAGAUAUUUUAAGAUAUGUUAUUUUAUCAUUUAAUUAUUUUAUAUUAUCGAUUCUGUUGUUGCUGCAAUUUUGAAUGGUUUAUAAAUGAGUUUUGUUACAAAAUCAUGUUUUUUUACAAUAUUAUAUAUAUUUAUUUGGUCCUUUCUUUUGAUAAAACUGGUAUUUGAUCCAUUCUUUUAUUGGAAGUUAUUAAAAAGUUAUUUUUAUGGUAACAGCUGUCAAUGUGCUACUUAAAAAAUAAUUUCCUUAUAAGUACCAGUACGUUUUGUUAACAUUUAGAAAGCAUUUUUGUGCAGUGUUAAGUUUUAUAAUUCAAAUCUAUUUUUUGUAAGAUGAUGUUUUUAAGUUUUUUUUAACUUGCAUAUCAUGGUAAAAUUACACCCUUUUUAAUACCUAGUCUAAUCUACAUGCAAAUACAGUACAUGUUUUUCUGAAUGUUUUAAAAGUUUUAUCAAUAUCCUUUAUAUCAUUUCAAAUAAAUUUUUUUUAAAUAACAUGCGUGCACCAUGCCCACGUAUGGGCACAUCGCACAAACUGUCCGACAUUAUUUUAUUAAUGCCA